AUGUCCAAACCCGAAGAAUAUCAGCACCUCAAGCACGCAGGUAACCACUGCGAUGUUCUCAAACAUGUUGUAUUCCGGGCGUGUGUACAAGAGCAGCUGAAUGUCCACGAGAACGGCAUCAUUUUGGUAGAUUGUCACGCCGGUGAGGGCCUGUACGACUUGAGUAAGCAAACCAGCGGGGAUUUUGAAAGAGGCGUGGCGAGGGUCGUUCAAAAUCUGGACCAGACGGCCCCGCCAGCCGUCCAUGAUUACGUCAACGCUAUUCAAGAGGCGGACGAGUACAUGCAGUUCUAUCCUGGUUCCCCUAUGCUAGGGGCCAAGCUUUUGAGGGAGCAAGACGAACACCGUUUAGUGGACUUGUAUGUCGAAGAUGUGGAGGGCUUGAAGGAUGGAGCUCUGUUUUGGCAGGCUGACGUAUUUGAAGCCGAUGCCGUUGAAUUUCUUGUUCCCAACGAUGACGAUCGUCAUAAAGUCAUUUUGAUCGAUCCACCGUAUCUCGAUCAAGAAGACUUCUACCGAGCCAAGGUCUUGACGGAGCGUAUUCUUGACCGAGAUCCUUACUGCACUAUUUUGCUGUGGUAUCCGAUGAUACAAAAAUCGCGAUGGCGCUAUGGCUACGCCAAGUCCAUCAAGGACAUGGCCAAGAAAAAGGCUAAACUUGGCAUUUACCAAGCGUGGCUCACUGUAGACAAAGAAGGUUUGCAAGGAUCUGGCAUGAUCGUAGUAAAUCCCACUCAGCGCUUUGACGAGAUUGUCGAUGAGGAUACCAUAGACUGGUUGUCAGCCACACUUUUGAACUCUG